CUUGUUAGUUUGUUACAUUAUCAAUAAAUAUAAAUAAAUUCUGUGUAUUUCAAACAAAGGCCAUUAUUCGUUAAUGUCUCCAGUCGUUAAACUAUAAAUUUAAUAACAGCGAGCUAGUUCGUCGUGCUAAUUAAAAUUAUUUAAUGUGUAUUACGGCAUCGGUUCCAGAGUAUUUGUGAUUUGUAACGGUUAAGCCAUGAAGAAAUUGCGUUUCUUUUGUGAGGGCAGCCAGUUUAAUCAAAUACUAUGUGCAUUUUUGAUAUCUAUACCAAUGUUCUGUUAUGGAAACACUAUUGGCUGGAUGUCUCCUAUGACGCUUCUGCUACAAUCAGAUAAAUCACCCAAAGGGGUGCCUCUGACAGAUCUCGAGAUUUCUUGGAUGGCAUCUUUGCCAUAUUUAGUGUGUGUGCCUGGUACGUAUUUAAUGGCUGCGAUUGGAGAUCGCUACGGAAGAAAAUUAGCUCUUCUCAUAAUGUCCGGUAUAUCGGUGGCUGUAUGGGUUUUGAAGUUAAGCUCUAUGAAUAUCUGGGUUUUCAUCAUAGCGAGGAUCUUAGCUGGCAUUAUCAUGGCGGGAAGCUGCGUGACCUGUCCCACCUACAUUAAAGAGAUCAGCGAAGACAACAUCAGAGGAGCUCUAGGUUGCUGGGGCGCGCUGUUUUUCACAACUGGAAGUUUAUUUGCCUACAUAAUAUGCGAUGUCUGCAGCUACAAUGUGAUAUUAAUAAUUUUCACUAUCAUACCGGCUGUGCAUUUUGUGAUAUUCCUGACGAUGCCAGAAUCACCUUCGUAUCUUAUAAAGAGGGGGAGAGAAGAAGAAGCAUCAAAAUGUUUGCAAUGGUUGAGAUGCAGAAGUGAAUUUGAUUCAACUAUCAAAAGUGAAAUAGAUUACGUGAAACGAGAGCAAAAGAAUGAUGAGGGUCGUGAACAAUUUCUAUUAAGGAACAUUCUUUCGGACAAGAUCCUCCGAAGAGCAUUUCAAAUAUCUUUAGUAGCUGCGUUGUCCAGAGAGCUUUGUGGAGCUGUUCCAGUUUUGAAUUUUGCUGGGGACAUCUUCCAUUUAGCCUCGGAGGAAACUGGUCUGAAACUCAGUGCCAACCAACAGGCCAUGGUGCUCGGCACGGUCCAGUUGUGUGGGGCUACCUUAGCUUCUGGUAUUGUCGAGAGAUGUGGCCGCCGACCCCUACUCUUCGUUAGUUCAGCGAUAUCUGGUCUAAGCAUGUGUCUAUUGGCAACCUGGUUCCUGUUACAAUACCUCCACCCUCCAGCAUGGAUUCCUGUGAUAACUCUGUGCUUAUGCAUAUUCUGUGAUGCUGCUGGGCUGAUGCCUAUAGCUGUUGUGAUAGCCAGCGAGACCUUCUCUUUUAAGUAUCGAGGCACAGUAUUAGCAACGACAAUGGCAAUAGCAUCAGUGGCAGACUUUAUACAGCUUUUGUUCUUCAAGCCUUUAGUGAGAGCAAUUGGGAUACACGUGUCAUUCUACUUUUUUGGCCUAAUGUGUCUACUCACGGCUGUCUACGUUAUAAUAAUGGUACCAGAAACUAGGAACAGGAAAUUAGAAGAAAUUUAUUACGACUUGAAGACUAACAAGGAGAAAAAAGAAUUGGAGAAUAGAAAUGCUUUUUAAAAGUGAAUUUAUUUAUUUCGUAUUCUUCAGUAUUUAUUUGAUAUGAACGACAACGCUUAUUUAGAAUUAUAAUUUAACAUUUACUAUAUACAUUUUUAUUAAUUAAUUUAUAAUUUAAUCUGACAUAAUUGUAAUAGAUAAACGGUGACCCUUUUUCACUUUCGAUUGCGUAGUUGCUUUUAAAUAUGAUUUUAGUUAAAUAUUUCCUAUAUGUUUAUAAGUAUAAAUGUUUUUUGUUAAGUUAUUUACGUUUUAUUAAUCUCUAAUUUUAAAUUAAACCUCGGACUACGGUCGACCGUCAACAUUCCAUAUUUAAAUUGGUUCAGUUUUGCUAUCGUGAAAGCAAGACGGUUACUUACGCAUGUAAUAAAAAUUAUGGGAAACA